UUGGAACACCUGGUGCAGCAGAUGACCGUUGCAGAGAAGGCUCUUCUGCUGGCUGGUUCGAGCUUUUGGGAAACAAAUUCUAUCGACAGGUUAGGGAUACCGCGAAUGAAAGUGUCUGACGGGCCCAAUGGCGCAAGAGGCGAGAACUUUGAAAACGGUGUGACCAGCGCAUGUUUCCCGGCAUCUGUGUGUCUUGCAGCUACUUUCGAUGAAGAACUCGCAGAGCAAGUCGGGAAAGCUCUCGGUCAGGAGACGAAGACGAAAGGAGCGAGAGUGCUACUGGGUCCUACUGUUUGCCCACAUCGUCACCCAACUGGCGGGCGUAACUUUGAAUCGUUCUCAGAAGACCCUCUACUGGCUGGCCGUUUGGCGACACAUUAUAUCAAAGGGCUUCAAAGUCAAGGUAUUGGCGCUACCAUCAAACACUAUGCAGUCAACGAGCAAGAGAGCAACAGGUUUGGCAUCGAUGCCCGUGUGAGCGAGCGGGCGCUUCGAGAGAUCUACCUCAAGCCGUUUGAGAUUGCUAUAAAGAAUGCCAAUCCUUGGUCGGUUAUGACAAGCUAUAAUCUCGUCAAUGGAACACACGCGGAUGCCAACCAUUUCUUAUUGACAGAAGUAUUGCGGACCCAGUGGGGCUACAACGGCCAUGUUAUGAGCGAUUGGGGAGGUACCAACUCGGUGGCUGACUCACUCAAUGCCGGCCACGACCUAGAGAUGCCUGGUCCCGCAGUGCACCGUACGGUGGACAACAUCCAGAAAGCGCUUGACAGCGGAGCCCUCUCCGCCGACACCCUUGAUCAGCGGGUCCUGGCCAACCUCAAGCUCCUUGAGCAAUGCAACGUGUUCAACGACCCCACCAUCCCGCCGGAAAAGGCUGUUGAUCUUCCUGAACACAGAGCCUUGAUUCGGAAAGUCGGAGCUGAGGGCGCGGUGCUGUUGAAGAACGAUAACUCCAUUCUGCCUCUAAAUAAGGACACGACCCGCUCCAUCGCCAUGGUUGGACUGGCAAAAGAUUUCCUCGGACACGGCGGUGGUUCUGCUGCAGUGAACGCUCAUCGCAAGAUCACAGCAUAUGAAGCCUUUGAAGACGCGGUCGGAGAACACGUAGAGCUAAGGUACGCCGAAGGUGCUCGAAUCUGGAGAAAUUUGCCUUCUAUAUCCGAAAGCGUAGUAAAUCUUGAUGGGAAGCCUGGGUUCUCUGUCAAAUGCUGGGACGCCGACGACAAACCCCAACAAAUGCGACAAGUUCCGUCAUCUAGCUUUCGUUCCUUCGAGUCUGGUGGCCCAUCUCGUGUGGUCAUGUCCGGCACCUACACGCCCACAGUUAGUGGCAAGCACUAUAUCAGCUUCUCAACUAUCGGAAACACCACGGCCUACAUCAACGAUGAUGAAGUGUUCAAGUACGAGGGCAAGUCUGCCGACGUAAUGGCCGUCCUCAUGGGCGUUGCGAAGGAAGACCAGAAACGGUACAACUUUGUGGCUGGCAAGGAGUACAUCAUCCGCAUCGAAGCCAGGACCGUAGGGGAUGCCGAGAGUCCUCUAUCAUUCUUGUCCAGCAAUAUCAUUGGGUUCAAUUUUGGCCUUGUACACCAGGACCUUUUCGAGGCAGAUCUGGUCUCAAAAGCAGUAGAAGCUGCUAAAUCGUCCGAUGUUGCGAUGGUCUUUGUUGGCAACACACCAGCUUGGGAGACCGAGGGCUGCGACCGCGACGAUAUGAACUUGCCAAAGGACGGAUCAAUCGAUAAGUUGAUCUUCUCUGUGGCGGAAGCCAACCCCAAGACGAUAGUCGUAAACUCCACAGGAUCUCCCAUCAGCAUGCCAUGGAUACUCGAUGUUGCCGCGGUCCUUCAAGCCUGGUUCCCUGGCCAAGAAGCGGGUCAUGCCAUCGCCGACGUUGUCUUUGGCGACGCUUGCCCUGGCGGUAAGCUUCCUGUCACAUUUCCCAUCCAGUUGUCCGAUGCGCCUGCAUACGGCAACUUCCCGGGUGAUCUCAAAGCCAACCACGUCGAAUACAAAGAAGGCAUCUACAUUGGCUACCGCCACUACGACAAGAGGCCGGAGACUAUUCUCUUCCCCUUCGGCUUCGGACUAUCGUAUACCACGUUUCACGUGUCCAACGCAUCGCUCUCGUCCAAGACGUUCUCACAAGGAGAGAAUAUCCACGUCACAGUCGAUAUCAAGAACACCGGCGACCGUGAGGGUAGAGAGACCAUACAGGUAUACGUUGGGGCGAAUCAGAACGCGUCCAUGGACCGACCCAUGAAGGAACUCAAGGGCUACGCGAAGGCGCAUCUUGCACCAGGACAAAAGAAGACAGUCAGCGUAUUGCUGGACCAGGAAAGCUUCACAUACUUUGAUGAGGUCAGUAAGAAGUGGGUAGUGGAGGCGGGAAAGUACAUGGUGUCGGUCGGUACAUCGAGCAGAGAUAUUCAGGCGAUGUUAGAGAUCGAAGUGGAG